GUUGCGGCGUUUCUGACGUCGACGGUAGCAGUGUGGGUGCUUCCUCAAUAGGGGGGCGACGACCCUUGCUUGAACCCAUCGCCAAAACACCUUCCGGGGCCCCAUAAGAGCCAUACCGAACGCUAGAUCAUCAUUUUGUUUGACCGAAAGACCAGCCGAAACAUCGGAGCAGACGACAUGCUGCAGCCAUCCACGUAGAGCGAGCCGAAAUGUCGUCUGCGACACAUCGGCGGACAGCCACUAUGUUUGCCGGAUUGUCAACGCUACGCCAAAGAUCAUAGCUACACUACAGAGUACGGUAUGGCUCUGCUGGGGAAGCCCGCGGCAGAAUCAUCGGCGUCGCAGCCCUGGAACCUGACUAUCAAGCAAGAGCCCCCCUCUUCAGACUCGGACAUUGAGGAAGAAGAGUACGUUACUCCAGACAUCUACCCAGUUCGGGGACCUAUCCACAUCAGUGCCAAAAUAAAGAAGGAAGAAAGGAGAAGUCCCAGCGCCGAGUUAACUAGUCCGACGACGUCUGAACAUGAGCUUGAGGACGAAGAAUGCCGCCGCGAUAGAGAUUAUCCCCAGUUGAGAAACGACGGUCCGGUUACAAGAACAGACGACGACAACCCCACCGACAUUCCACUGCAAGCGUGCCAGGAGGAAAUACUACAGAACGGGAAACCGUCUUGGAAUUCAACUUCUCCGGAAGCGGUCUCACCUCAAGACAGUAUAACGUGGAAGGGGUCCACUGUAAGUAAGACGACAGCGCUCAAAAAGCACAGCGGAGCCGGAAAAACGAAGCCAUCGAAAAAAAUCCAUCAGUGCCAGUAUUGUCCAUAUUCAACGGAUAGCGGGUCGACAUUGCGGGACCAUCAACGAAUCCACACGGGGGAACGACCACACAAAUGUGUCGUCUGCCAGAAAUGUUUUGCCCGUCGCAAGUACUUGCGGGUCCAUUCGCGUCUCCACCAGGACUCCAAGGAUACAGACGAUCCUGAGAACAAUGGGACCAACGGCGAGGCCGAACGGACCCACGUGUGCAACACUUGCGGGGAAGUUUUCGAUCGAGCCACUCAACUGGCGAAACACAUGCGAACUCACGCCGAGCAGGAACGCACCUACGAAUGUCCCGAGUGUCGCAAGGCGUACAAGUACGUCGGCAACCUGCGUACUCAUAUGAGAACGCACACCGGUGAACGGCCUUACAUGUGCGACGUCUGCGGACUCCGCUUCACUUGCUCCAGUUACUUGCAGGUCCAUCUUCGCACGCACGUGCGUGACAAACCUUACGUGUGCUCCGAGUGCAACAAGAGCUUCGUGCACAAUUCUGCACUCAACGUCCACAUGCGGUCUCACACGGGAGAGCAGCCGUACAAGUGUUCCCACUGCGACCUGCGCUUCAGCCACCUGCGAAACAUGAAGCGGCACGAGAUAUGCAUUCACACGCGAAAGUUCCCCCACAACUGCGACGUCUGCCACAAGGGAUUCCUUAUUGUCACUCACUGGCGGCAACACAUGGUUACCCAUCGGCAAGCGUCACAAUGACCUCACGCCGAAGUAUAGGUGGAAAACUUCCGCGGUCCCGUUUUGACAGGACUGAACUCGGUACUAGUCAUUUGCAAAGGCCAGCAUGGUGAGGCGGGAUAUCAGUUUAGCGAGUGUUGUUAAGCAGGGGUCCGUAUUGGCACCCGCCUAUCAUGUUGGUCUUGGAACGGCGUUUGCUGAACAAGAUAUUACUGUUUCUUGUAACGCAAUUCGUAAUGGCUUAAAAAAUAUUGGUAUUAUAAUGGUAAUUAAUUGGUAAUAUAAAUGAUAAUGGUGGUGUUCUUUUAUUCCGCAGAGUGAGCACCAGUAUUCCAUCAUAUAUUCGUCGAUAGUACUACUAGUCGAGUAUAACUCCUGAAUGCCUUGUCCCUGUUGUUGAGAUGCGUGCCUUGGACAGAGCGUUAGCGUUGAUAUUGUUAGAAGUAUUUCUUAGAAGUCGAGCACUUUAAAGGACAGCUCCGGUUAUAUCCCGAAUUUUUUAUGUUAGAAUGGUACUAUCGUACUAUGGAAACAGUACUAAACUACAGCAUCCUUGACGGAGUGACUAUAGUACAGUUGCAGUUGACGAUUUAAUGACUUCGUAAUCCCCGCAUGCACUGUUUUUGACUGGACUUGCCCUUUAAGUUACACUAUUACUGUUUUAUCUUCUUUUGGUUUGUUGCUUUCAUUUUACAAUGCUGACUUCUAGACUUAAAAUGGAUGGUCGACGUGAAGUGAAAUUUCUUUGUUGCAUGCCAUCGUGCCCUUGUUCGUUGUUGAGCGCGAAAGGUUCUAGAAAGACCCCUGACAGGGGCGCAUUAUGUUUCUGCCUUUGGUAAAUUAUAGGUGCCACAUUAUUAUUCCAUGUGUCGGAGGAGACCCACAUAUUUACUGGUCCAUUAUGGUCCUAAGACUGAUACGAAUUCACAAACACCAACCAGCGGGUAUGUUACGAGCGUGGGCCUAUUGAGUCGCUGUGAGGAAUAAACGGCCCCCACGUUGUUUAUCCAAUGACGUGACAUAUUUUGCGCUUAGCCUCAGAAUGCUUCGUGUAAUCCAACUAGUCAGAACUGAAUUUUCUAUACAGUCACUUUGCUGCUUGUCGCCAAAGCAUCGUUAUACAAGAACUCCUAUACAAUUGAGUGCAAUGUGUGAAAACCGUACAUCGCCUAAUUUGUUUACUCGGUAAUCAUGUCGUGUAUACGUCCUUCACAUUUGUUCCACUGCACAUUGUUCACCUACCAUAAACAUGUUCGUGCGUUUGCACCGUUGUUGCACCAGUACAAAUACAUACAUAUAUCUUCCCAUGGUGCCAUUGCAUGUAUAAUGUGUAAGUUUUACGGGUGCCUGCACCCAUUAUGGGCAGUAUUUUAUAAAACGUGAAAAUGCAUUUUUUUUUUUCAGUUACAAUAAAUGGCGAUAUUCGUCAAUUGGCCAAUUGAAUAUUAGUAUAUUUAGCUGAAGCAGUUCAAUAAAUGCCGACUUAGGUCAAGUGAGACACCUUUUUGGUUGCACUAUAUAGUAAUCUCCUGGGGCGUUGUCUAGGUUUCACUAAUGUAGUUACGAAAUGUAGAAGCUCAGUGCAAUGACAACGUAUGUUCCUUUUAGUGCGGUGAUACUGUUGCCGUUUCUCAGAAAAAAAAAGAAAAGAAAAAGAAAACGAAGCAUUUCCGCUCUUUAUAAAAUUCUGUCCAUACAUAGCGCGUGCAUACUGAAUGUGCACUCAAAUACCGUGUGUAUAUCCACACAGAGUGUCACGAUGUUCUAGAUUAAAGUAUAACAUGUUUGUAUGCGUGUCCGCUCGAUGAUGCGUCAGAGCACUCAAACGACACCCUAUUAUUGUAAAUUUUACUCGCUUUCCAUUUUACGUUCCGUUUCUUUUUAAAUAUAUGCCUGUUGCGUGUCGAGUUGGAGAACGUUUAGAGUGGCAGUGCCGUUGAUGUUGCUGUGGUUCCAGGGUACGUUGUACAAUCGAGAGGAAAACGUGGGUCCACCUACUCGUUUUGUUGUUACAGAGAGCGGUAUUGCACAGUGUGGCCUGGUAUAGAGAGUGCCGUGCUAGUCGUAAUUGUUCGAGGAGUGUGCAUACAGUAUUAUUAUUUUAUGAGAAGCAGAAGUCCUCAUCACUGAUGGCAUCUAUCUCCUUUUCUUUUUAAAAUUCUCUCCACUGUCUGAGUACCUGGUAUAUGACUAAAUGUUAGACACUGUAAUUCAGUUAUCACACAAUUGUGAUAGUAGCCUUUGGCGUAUCAAGGUGUGUCUAUGCGAAUGAAAUCGACUGAAGGUAUCCGCUGUCAUAACUGCCUUUGUAUAUGCUAAUUGCAAUUGAGCUUUUCUUAUUGAAAUUUUUUCACUGAACUCAAUUAUUGAGAACAGACUUUUCUUUUAGGUCGAAAAAGAAAAAAAAGACACUCCUGCGUACUUUUUUGGACACACAUCUGUCGUGUGUGCUACAACCUUUGCUCUGAAAAGCGCCAACUAAUAUUCUAAUAGUUAGCUGAUUACCCUACUCAAUCAAUUAGGCGCAAUGAAAAGUAUACUGACAGCCAGGGAUAAACGAAAGGCUAACAACAUUCGCUGUGUUUCGCUUGCGUAUAGAGCGUUUCGUCUUUUUCUAUAAAUCUUGGAGCACCCUGUAGACUAUAGAGUCGCGAAAAGCGAGAGCACACCACAGUAUCGGCGCUUAAUUGUCCCCUAGUCAUAACGCAAAAAGAAGUAUAUAUUUAUAUUAUUGUUGCAUUUUGCUGUUACUGUUUCUAUGUUAUUGCAUUAAUAAACAUGCCUGUAAAAACCA